AUGGCAGAUCCUCAGCUCCAGUCCAGCUUCAUCACCAAGCUGCCCCCCGAGAUCCGCCAGCUCGUGUACCUCGAGCUGUGGCGCUCGUACGGCCUUCGCCAGCACUUCCUCCACCAUCGCGGUGAGACCGACGAGGCCCCGGCACACUUCUGCCAUUGGCCUUGCACCACGCCGUACGAGGUUCAAGACGCAUUGCAGGAGGAGAUCGAAGACGCGAGGUCUCGGUCUGGCAUCCCUCUGGGCCGCGAAUUCGAAAACACCCAGCUCUGCCACGAUCUGCUCUCGCCGUGGAUCAAUCAUCGCGCGUGUGGCCGACGUGCUGAGUCGGCCUACGGUGUCGAAGCCGUCCACUCCUUGGCCACCUCGGCAACGAGCUGCUGGAAGACGCCAGAACGACCAGAUCACGUCUCGCGCGUACGAGCGCCCUACUUGCCGAUGCUGCUGUCGUGUAAAGCCGUUUCUUCUGAGUGCCUACCUUCCAUUUAUGGGUCUACAACAUUCGUCGUCACGGACACGACCACCCUGACGGCACUCGUGGGCAGCUGUGACACUCCUAUCCCGAUGAAGAUCCCGUACAAACCGCCAAGGGUACCCUCUGCGUUGUUCCAGCAUGCGAGAAGCUUGGAGCUGUCACUCAGCGCAAAUUUCCCGGUCCUGCUACCAUGCACUGUUGCCACCGACCGCAAGAGCGGCCCUGCUCACGGCCCCUACGACUUCCACUGGCUGAAACUUGGCAUGUUCACGAGCCUGAGCAGCCUCAACAUCUGGAUCGCAGCCCGCGGCCUGGCUCUCCGCUACGACGGGGAGCGCGACUUUGUCGCCUCGAACCAGCUCGACAUGGAGGCCUUGUGCAGAAUGGCAGAAUCCCUUUCUGGGAUCGGGUCUGUCGCUCUGAGCAUGCCCCUGGGCGCCGGCAUCGAGCCGGAAGACGGAUACGUCGAGAGCCUGGCGGAGCCAGGUGUGAGGCUUUGGAAGAGGGGCACCGGAGAUCGGUUUCAUCCCUACCUGAAUACGCUCCGGCUGGCCGUGCGCCUGGGAAAGGACAGCCUAAUCCGCACAAGCAAUUCGAGGGAAGUGCGAGUUGGAUGUAGCCAAAGCCUGGAUGACUUUGUGGUUCCUGCGCUUGCCUUUUAG